AUGAAAAAGCUUGUCAACGUAUACAAGACCUAUUUACGCCAUGUCGGUGGAGUCGAACCACACUCCAAGUUAGUCCCCAAACCUUUCAUACGACUGAAUAUCCAGUGCAUCAUCGGAAGCUACGAUCUGAAUGUGACAACAGCAAAAGACGAGGUUCUUUUUGCUAAUGAAUCCAAAGUAUUGUCCCUUUUUGAGGAAAUGUGCAAGGAGAUGUACUUGCCAACGGAGCCCAGGGUUGUGACCGAGGUUGUGGAAGAGCGUGUCCAAAUGGGAAAGUCGCAGAAUAGAGACACAAGCCCUCAUAUACAUUCAGACGAUGAUGGAGAGCAACUCAACGAGUCCCUGGAUCUGCUCAUACCAGACAGCACGGUCAGGGGAGAAAGUUCCGACUUCCUGCCACAUGGCAAUGAACCGUAUUUUGCCGAAGUUAUCCAGGAGCCCACGCCAAACUACCCGGACAGAGUGGUCGCCUGCCCGCCGUCAUCUAUUAACGGAACCUAUAUUGCAGCCCCUAUUGACAAAGAGGGCUUUGGUGGUCCUGUCUACAGCCACGUUGAAACACGUCAACAGAACAAAACCGUCCCUAUUGGCAACGAAGAGGCACUUUACGGAAGCUCCGCGAUACCCAUAGAUGAUCCCAACCAGGCACCGCGCCAAUACACCGGUGGGGAGGCGACGGGGGCCCGUUACCCGGAGCGACAUCGCCAGUCUUUCCCCAGAAAUGCAGAGCUGCAAUACACCACCGAACCGACUCAAUAUCUACUUCGGACCGGCUGGGAAGUAGAUAUGGCAAGAGACAAAACUGCAAGUCCGGAAGGAAAUACUCAGCCAAUUUUUCUCGAUCCACCCCGGAUAGAUCUUAUUCAAUAUCUGCAGUCACAGCGCCUUGAUCAAGAACAUCGCGAGAAGCCAAAUCCCUGGACCAUUGCCAAAAACGCAGCAGACAAACGUGGCGCUCAUGAACAUAGCAUUUCUAGCUAUCUGAGUCGCGUUACACAGCGUGAUGACACCCCAGCUACCACAAUUUCCUGUGGACGGCUGCCACUUCCAAGGGCGGAAGAUUUUGUGCAGAGAGGCUCUGAUAUGGCUCACUUGAGAUCUGAAGACCAAGACCACAUCCAGCCCCAGCAUGACAGGCCUCAGCGAGAACCUGUCGUACAAAGGGAGGACGUGUACGAGGCGAGUGAUCUUGAACCCUCCAUACUACAAUAUCCCACUGCCCCACAAGGUGAUUUUUACGGGCUGAGACAUCAAGGCCAGCGAAGAAUUGCUAGAGAUGACGAGCCAUUCCGGUCGGCUGGUAAGGGACAUGACGUUGACAAGCUAGGUAUCCAACCUGCCAGGGGUCCUGGUGUUUGUCAGCAUGCGUACUUCAAAACGCCACAUUCGUUUGCCAAUUUCGACCAAGAGAGUGUAUUAGGCACACCGCCCCCUUCCUCUAGCCCAUUGCAUAAACCGUUCCGUGGACCUGCUCAUGUUGAACCAAGAAAAAAGCAGCAGCACGGAGGAAGACCUCGUGGCGCUCCACGAAGGGCUACACGAGCUGUGGACCCCAGAGCAGAUGGAUUGAGACAGGGCAAGAUUGUCCUCAACGCGAGAAGGUGCCAGGAGCCGCUGACGCCCAAACGCGCCAAAGGCGAUUGUUUUGCUACAAUGGAAGCGGACCAUAAUGGUUUUCGAGAUAACUAUGUUGCUCAAGAAACAUUGACACACGCCCAUCGGCACGACAAUGGUGAUCUGCCGUCGAAGGAGAUGGAGGAGGCUCUAGAGAGGCUCAACGCGCUCCGCCCAAGAACACGGAACACUGACUACUCAGAAGACCAAGGAAAGGGCGAGGAACGUGGCAGAGCUCCAAGCCAAAAACCGGCAUCAACUGCGCCUGACACGUCGCCUCGAAGCUACCUGAGACAAAGACUGGCAUCCAGGCCCCGGUCGAGGAGCAAAACACAUAAGCGUAUGAAGUCGGAGAUGCUGCCGUUUGAGAAUCAAUUCUCCGAGGCCUACACGCAUAUACAGUUACUCAGACUCGAUUUAAACAAGAUGAAAAAGCAGGUUUUUAGUGCAUCCGACUACGAUCUUUACGUUCUAAGAGGUCAACAGGAGGCCGCAUUUCCACUGGAGCCAGUCGAGAUGGAAGAUAUCAGUAGCAGGCUUCAAGCGGUUCUCGGGGCAUGGGCGUAUAAGGAGCAUGGUGUGGAGCUGGAGCUUGAGAUCGAUAUUGGCGCACUGUUCGAAGGAAGCGAUAUGGGUUGCAUGAUGGAAUGA